AUGAAGCAGGCUCUGCUGUGGUAUCGGGUGGAGUGUAUGACUUAGGAAUAACAACAGUAACAUGCACGGCAACUGAUGUUGCCCUGAAUACAGAUUCCUGCCAAUUUACCAUUGAAGUGAUUGACAGAGAGGCUCCUGUGGUUAGCUGCCCCAACACGGUGACCUUGGGUACCAACACUGGCAGGUCGUUUGCUACUGUGACAUGGACACCAAUGCUAUCAGCUACUGAUAACGUUGACAUACUGACCUUAAGCGACACGCACUGUGCAGAUAGUGCAGGCAACGUGGUGGUGUCUGGUGGAAUGUAUGAAUUGGGUAUAACGACAGUGACGUGCAGUGUCACUGAUGCCGCCACAAAUUCGGGAUCGUGUCAAUUCGCCAUUGAAGUUGUCGAUUUGGAGCCUCCUUUUAUGGCCUGUUCCAACCCAGUGCCCAUUGCUACUGACAUUGGCAGGCCAGACACUGCCGUUACUUGGACACAAUUGCCAUCAGCUACUGAUAACGUUGACAUGAUGACGUCAAGUGACAUACGCUGUACAAACGACGCAGGCUUUGCCAUGGUGUCUGGUGGAAUAUACGGAGUUGGAACAACGACAGUGACAUGUAGUGCAUCCGAUGCUUCCAUGAAUACUGGAUCAUGUCAAUUUAUUAUCGAAGUUGUAGACAGAGAAUCUCCCCAAAUUUCCUGUCCCAACGCAGUCACAUCAGAAAGCACCGACAUUGGAAGGGCGGAUGCUGCUGUGUCAUGGACAUCGAUGCCAUCAGCCACAGACAAUGUUGACGUGUUUACUCCAAGAGAUAUUUUAUGUUUAAAUGAAGCAGGCUCUGCUGUGAUAUCUGGUGGAGUGUAUGACUUAGGCAUAACAAUAGUAACAUGCACGGCAACUGAUGCUGCCCUGAAUACAGAUUCCUGCCAAUUUACCGUUGAAGUGAUUGACACGGAGGCUCCCGACAUUUCUUGUCCCAAUUCAGUCAUAUCUGUCAUUGUGGACAGUGGACAAUCAACGGUUGCUGUGUCGUGGAUAUCUAUGCUGUCAGUCAGCGACAACGUCGAUGGCCUGACUUUAAGUGACAUUCUAUGCGUCGGUAAUGCAGGCAACAUUGUUGUGUCUGGUGGCAUGUAUGGACUGGGCACAACGACGGUUACAUGCAGUGUAACCGAUGCUGCCCUGAACACAGGAUCAUGCCAAUUUACCGUCGAAGUUACCGAAAAUAAUAACAAUGGAGCAAUCAUCGCCAUUGCUGCGUCAUCUGGUGUCAUUGUGUUGGGCUGUCUUGUUGCCAUAGCAAGCAUCUGCGUUUGUCUAAUGCGACGUGUGCCUGGCCAUGGAUUGUACGAUGUACAGAACUCAUUCUCUAACAAAAAUGUCGAGUGGGAGGAGAGACCUGAAGGCUAUCGUCGCUCAGCCAAACACGAUAUCCGAUUUCAUGGUCAGCAAAAUGACAUUUUCCCGAGACCUUACAUCGUUCCUGGUCCGGAAUUUGUACGAAGAACAGAUGAAAACUUUAACGACGCUUUCUACUAUUAGAGGUCUUCAGAAGACAGUAUUCAAUAGAAUCAAACAUUUUUCGAAUAUUAAGCCACUUCUCUUGUAGUCAUGAGAUCUUCAACUAAUUUUGUAUUCCAUAAAGUAUAUUAAAACUUAUCUUCGUAAUUUAAAACACUGAGGCUCUGAGGUAAAAGGUUUUCAUUUGUUAGCGUGAAAGGAUUUCAUCAAACCAGCGGCAUAUGACACUUGCCUAAUUAAAAUGUCACAACUAUGAAUAUUGAAUUCAAUAAAACUAUUUAGGCAUGGGUACGAUCUGGUGGGGGGUAUAUUAUACACCUAUACCUGCUGUAAAAAGGCUGAACUCUUAGAUAGCCGGGCUUGUCAGACAUCUCACUGUGAGAAAGCAAGGAGAUGGAGAGCCUAUAAAGAACUCACAGCUAUCCCAGGGUCGAUCUUUCUGAAACUUUACAUGCGCAUAUGAUACUCAUUAUCAUAAGGCCUACAGCAUUGAUGUUGUAACUCAGAAGAGGAUAUUUUUCUGUCGUUACGAUCAUUUGAAGUUCACACCUUCACUCCUGUUAGCUAGCUUGCAUUUAACUAUAAAAAUCUGGCUGACCUGUCUCGAUAAAAUGGGCUUUCUGCGAGAACGGCAUAUUCGAUUUUCACAAACUUGUUUCAUAAUGACAAGACAUUACUACAAAAAUUUCCUGAAAGCAUUGUGCGUGAAAACAUGUAUUGUAGCAAACCAUGUAUAGGAGAACGUGUCCAGGGGAGGGAAAUGGAUUCCACCGUGGCUCUUUUUUUAGAUUAAAGUUUUUAUCAGACGUAAUUUUGUGGCAAAAAGUUGUGAAUUCUAACGUUUAAAGGUUAAAUGGAAAAAAAUGCGUGACUAAUGUUCUACAGCUUUUUAAAAUUUGUAUCCAUAAUUGUUAAUUUUUGUUUCAUUGCUUUAGCCUAACUAACAAUACAUGAAAAAUAUGCAGAAAUUUACGAAUCUGAGAGUUAAUUUUGAGUGUUAUGGACAAAAUGUGCGUAAAGUCACAUUCAAAAGGAGAAUUGUAUGUCAUUCGUAAUGAUUAAGCACGUUUUAUCUGACGCUACUUUAGGGACAAGGAACUGGUUACGUGAUGUAAGACAGGCAGUUCGUUUUUUGUAAUCGGGGUUGUGCUGUUGUUUAUAUUAUUCUUUAUUUCGAUAAACUGGUAGAAAAUGUACCAAUUGAUAGUCCAUCCAUUCAUUGAUUGGUCGAUCUCAUCGAUCAGUCGGGCGAUUGAUCACUCGAUUGAUCAGUCGGUCGAAUAACCGAGUGAGCAACUGAUUGAUCAAUGUAUGAGUUAUUGAUUGGACAAUUGAUUUGUUGAAGUAGUGACGACUAACUGGUUGAUUGGUUAACUGAUAUUAAGUAAACAUAUGAAAUACCAAUGUAGUUGAAUGUGUCUUACUGCUCACUUGAAAAUACAUUUAAUUUAAGAAUAGCAUUUCACUUUACGCUUUAGCUUGUCUGAUACCAUUACCAACAUACGGAAAUUUCAAUUUUGUUUUGAAUGAACAACAGGUGAAUUGAAAAAACUACCUGGGACAAUCUAAUUUAGUGCCACAGAAAUAACAGUUUGAUCACCUAAUUGUAGUCUCGACAUCACAUUUUCUGAAAGACUUAAUUUGGUAAUUAUGGAUUUUUUAACUCUCAUAUAAAGCACGCCAUUUCCUCUCUAAUCCACAUUAUACAUCAACAUGAUAAAGAACAUUAAAUCACAACUUCCAAUUACUAAAUUCAAUUCCUUAAAACAAAUCAAACACCUACGGCUCACUGAAUAUGAGAAAAUUUGAUAGCAAGUGUACAACGGCAAAUACCAACAGGGCUCUAAACUCAAUGAUUGAACCACGGACCAUGAUUGAACAAUCAUCGCAUUAACUCAGGGGCGGAUCGAGACAUUUUUUUCUGAGGAGGGGUCAGGCAGAAGAUUUUACAUCUUUUUCGUUGCGGACAAGCCGAAAAAAGAUGAAUCAUUACAUGAUAAAAAUUGAUUACAGUGGUAUUGGGGCACUUACUUAGGUCAGAUUUUCUAAUCCCUACAACUGUUGUCUGUUUCGGCACGAAGAAAGGAUGAAAACGUUAUUUUUAGUAUCAGAGCUUCAUGGUUUUCAGGUUUGUUUCAUAUUGCAACCAAGUUAGUUGGUUAAGGUCGUGUUUUUUGAAACAUUUUUUUAUGAUGAACUGGUGGAGAAAAGACCAUCCAUUGAUCACUCCAUCAGUUGAUUAACCGAUCCCUCAACUGGAUUGACUGGUCCUUGGUCAAUCAAUAUAGACAGAUCAAUGAGCGACCGACUGGCGUAAUUGAGCUAUUGCUUCACAAAUAAAGUUAGUGGUUGAUCCAUAUUAAAUAACCAGAUACAUUAAAUCCAAUAGUGCAAUUUAUGACUAUAGUGCAACUUACCUAACUGCUCUCUUGAAUAAUUACACUGAGUUUAUAAAUACAGCAUUUUUCAACACUUGGCCAAAAAAGGUCUCCAGUUUCUGGUCACGUGUUCAUAUGGGGUACGGUGAGUAUUAUGUACAAAAAAGGAGUUCCUUUGGGCCCCCAUACAUUUAAUCAGGCCCUAUUAUUCAGAUGACAUACUUUUUGUUACAUCUGGGAACCAAACAACCUCGUUCCUAUGGAUACGAUCUUGCCGCGCCAUGUUGGUUCCCACCAUGAAGCUUGUGCGAUCUAACCUCUGGUAUUGUAUAAUUUAAAUAUCCUACUAUAUUUAUGAAGAUAUUUAAAUUGUGCCUUUUGUCAGUGUGUUUACGGUAGCACUACACCAAAAUUAAUACGCGCCCAUAGAAAACAGUUCAAAAUCAGACCGAAAUAGCGCCACCUGUC